CCAUCGUCCUUCCGCCGCCAACCUCGUCCAGCUUUCCUUCGCAUCAGCCCGCCAGCUCUCGCCGAUCUCGUCCUCUCGCUCCUGUCCCCAGCGCCAGCCAUGGUCCAGACAGUCCCCACCAAGCGCCAGCACCACCAUGUCUACAACAGCUUCCAGGAGGCUCUCGACCAGCCCCGCAACGAGUACCGGACCCUCAAGACUAUGCUCGCGGCCGACACGCAGUCCAUAGACUGGCCUCCGCUGCUAGACGCCCUCGCUUCUUUUGUUGCGCAAAUCAAGCCGCAUGAGUAUCCGGCCUUCAACCCGCUCUUCACGCAAAUGGCCAAACACGUCGAGACCCGGCUUCUCCCCGAGCCGCUGGUUCGCCAGCACCACCCGCUGUUCCUGACCAUGGCAUCUGCCAAACAUUCCCUGCAAAUGCACACCGAGGCUCGGGACUUUGCUGCCAGCCUCAUCUCCAUCCGGCUGAUAUCCCAUCCAGCCUUUUGCGCCUUCUUGAUGGAACGCACGGAGCCGUGCACGACGAUUGCCGAGAUCGAAGAUCAUGUCGAGCCGCUCUUUCCAGGAAAGGAUUUGCUCGAGCCCGAGACGGACGUCAACCCGGACGAUCGUCUUGCCGCGAUCCGGACCCUGGCCCUCGAUCUGGCCGAGUAUCUACAACUGUUGGCCAAGAUCAUGGACGACCAUCAAGCGCCGCGGAUCGCCUUGCAUCUCUACUCCGUCGCCAUUGUCCUGAUCGAGCGUCUGACGGCCACUGUUGUGGUCGACGGGCUCCCAAACACCGAUCCGCUCUUUGCCAAGAUCCGGUUGCUGCUGAAGCGGCUCUAUUGGGAGGCCAUGCAGCUUGCCUCCAACGUCAACGAGGUCGGCAUGGGAGUCGAGUACGGUCGGUGUCUCAAUGAAAUCUUUGACUAUGAAGUCGGCAUCGAUACGGAUCACCCACUCGAAACAGGCUCUGAAACUGCGGUUUGGGCAAGGACCAGCAGCGGGCCAUCUUCGGCCAUACCUGUUCGCCAGAGCAGCCUCGCUGCUCCCUUGUCCCUUGCCCCUGGCCCGUCCGUCGGCGAUGCUGCUGCAAGGCCUUCGGCCCAGAGCCUCAUCGACUCGACCCGGGCCAACGAACAUGGCUCCCUGUCCAGCCCCAGUCGCUUCGGCAGUGGCCACACAGCCCCUCUAAACUCUUCAACAGGAAUCGUCUCGACUGGGCCCAUCGCCAUCGCGGCCUCCCAACCGACAGACACCGCAGACCCUACCGCCGCCGAAAUCGCAGCCGAGUUCACCAAUGACUUUUUACUCGAGUCCCCCAGCGAGAGGGCGGCGACACCGCAAGGAGCCGCCCUGGAUUCGGGUCUCCCCAUCGUCGCCACCAAGGUCGCCACCAAGGUCGCCAACGGAACUGGGCUGACCGUCCCCGCAAGCACAGCCAGCAUCGGUGCCGCAGCGGCCACAGCCAACGCCAGCGCGAAGACGCUGCCAGCCCAAGGCGAGCUCGGGACAGAGGCCGACCAGACCGACCCGAGCAAAGCGGAGUCAACGAUCGCCAUCUCCUUUGCGUCCAUGACCGUCGCCGAUAGUAAGAGCCUCGAGAAUGAGGCCCGCAUCGAUGAGAUCCUUGCUGGCGGAGCCACAGCAGCGAGGACGAGCACAGGGACCUCGGCCGAGGACAACCAAGCGCCAUCGCCAACCGCCAAGGCCACGCUGCAGGAGCGUUCGAUCGACGACAUCGAGUGGCAAACCGAGGCGCUGCAGGUCUAUGGCCGAUUCUUGUUCAAGGCCGACGAACCCAUCGAGGCAUUCAAGCAAUACUACAAAUCGUUGGUGAUUCUGCGGACCGCGGCCACGAACCAGCGGCCGCCAUCGAGCCGACUGCUCAAGACCUCACACUUUUACAUUGCAGCGACUCUCGAGACCCUCGGGCGGUAUCGAGAAGCCAUGCACUUUACCCUCGGGGCAGUCGGGGCGAUGAAGAGCAUGCAUUCCUUUGGCAUCAUCGAGAGCGAGACGGACACUCAGAUCAUGCUUCUGUCGGGCAUGCUCUCGUACCGCUGUGCGCUCGAGAUCUCGGCGGCGCCGGAUCCACCACUUCAAGUGAUCCAGGGAUUCCUGGACGAUUCAGUGGGCUCGCUGCAGCUGGCGCUGAAGCUGGCCCCGGCCGAAAUGGCAUAUCCGUGCUCACGCAAGGUGAUUGCCCUGCAGCUGGCGGUGGUUCUGGGCGACGGCGCCGAUGCCUACAACGCCCGCAAGGUUCUACACGAGCACGGACUGACGCGGACGCUGCUGGGCGAGAUCAUGGCGCUCCGAACCAACGCAAAGACGAUUGCGGGAGGUUCCUAUUCGCUGGAGGCCUAUCGGAUCGUGAUUUGCACGCUGGCGGCGCUGCAGCAUUUGCAGACGCUGGCGCCGACCCGAGAAACCCACCGCAAGUCCUCCAUUGUGGGGUCGAUCUUGACGGCUGUGGGACUGUAGGUUGCGUCGAGAAACCCUGGAUCUUGAAUAUAACAUGCAUGGCACACUCGGUCGUGGUCAUUGA